GACAGCACACGCACACACACAAACAGAGUGAACGGGAAAGUCUUCUUCCUCUGUUCUGUUCUGUCUGUCUGUCUGUCUUCGACUCUCCGUCGCCAUUUCCUUCGAUCGGCCCUCUCGCUUCUCUCGUAUCUGCGGUGCGGAAGCUGACGGAUUAGUUCCUUCGAGCUCCUCCAAUGGCUGUGCCCUGAGACUUGGGUUGUCGUCGCUGUAGUGGCCGUGGCCAUGAGUCUCAGCUCAGGUUCCCGCGCUCCUCUGGACUGGAGAUUCUCCCAGGUUUUCGGAGAGCGAGCCCCCGGAGAAGAGCUUCAAGACGUUGAUGUCAUAUCCGCCAUUGAAUUUGAUAAGAGCGGCGAUCAUUUUGCGGUGGGAGAUCGGGGUGGCCGUGUUGUUAUAUUCAAGAGAAAUGAUACAAAAAAUGCUACGAAUGAGCACUCCUCUGAAAGUCAGUUGGAGCAGUCGGAUCCUCCGUUCUCAUGGCAUCCUGAAUAUCAAUAUAUGACAGAGUUUCAGAGCCAUGAGCCUGAGUUUGAUUACUUGAAGAGUUUGGAAAUCGAAGAGAAGGUCAACAAUGUUAGAUGGUGUGCUGCAUCCAAUGGAGCUCUAUUUAUACUUUCAACGAACGACAAGACAAUUAAGCUCUGGAAGGUAAAGGAACGUAAACUGAAGAAAGUAAAAGAAAUGGACGCUGAUCCACAUAUUUCUUCAGAGAAUGCACUGUUGGCAGAAAGAAGUUUCGUAAGCGAGACGGACAAAACUUCUGAUGCCAAUGGUUAUCAUCUGGAAUGGACGAACAAAGUGGCCAAGCAAUCACUAUCCUCUCAAGAGUAUUGCCCAGGGAUUGCUAAUGUUUGGGAUGAUGCUCAAUCAAGCUGCCGGAAGAUUUAUGCUCAUGCUCAUGAUUUUAACAUAAACUCAAUCUCAACUAACAGUGAUGGCGAGACUUUUAUAUCUGCGGACGAUCUAAGGAUUAACUUGUGGAACCUGGAAGUAAGUAACCAGUGUUUCAACAUGGUUGACAUCAAACCAGCAAACAUGGAGGAUUUGACUGAAGUCAUAACUUCAGCUGAAUUUCAUCCAGCUCACUGUAACCUGCUUGCUUACAGCAGUUCCAGGGGUUUUAUAUAUCUUGCAGAUAUGCGGCAAUCCGCAUUAUGUGAUCAUAAUGCGAGGAUUUUACAGGAUGGAGACUCCCAAGGGUUUAAGUCAUUCUUCUCCGAGAUCAUUGCGUCCAUUUCUGAUAUAAGAUUUGCAGCUGAUGGUCUGCACAUCUUAAGUCGUGAUUACCUAAAUCUAAAGCUGUGGGAUCUGCGCAUGGAAUCUAAGCCUGUCAAAAUUUUCAAAAUUCAUGAACAUCUGAGAGCAAAGCUGCCAGAUUUGUACAACAAUGACGCCAUAUUCGAUAAAUUUGAUUGCUGUCUCAGUGGAGAUGGAUCUCAUUUUGCAACUGGUUCAUAUAGCAAUCUUCUGCGCAUCUUUUCCCAUGGAUGCGGGAGCGAAGAGGGGGUCACGAUCGAAGCUAGCAAGAACCCAAACCGGAAGUCACUUCUCACAGCUGCUCCUAGGGCAAGAAGGUCUUCCAUAAGCAACUUGGCUCGUGGGUUUUAUCGUCAAGUGCACGAGAACUCAUCUUCAGGCAGUAAUGAAAUCUCAUGUGACUUAAGCAACAAGUUGCUACGUUUGGUGUGGCAUCCGACUGCUAAUGUGAUUGCUUGUGCUGCUGGGAGCAGCUUGUUCAUGUACUAUGCGUAAAGAUCUCCAUGUAAAUUUCCUCGGAAAGCUGCUAAAAUGCUUGUCCCAGAUAGGUUAAGGCUGAAGCAGCCUUUUGUUUGUAUUUUUGUUAGUCCCACCUGGUGGUCAAUGUUAGAAUUGGUGAUGUAGGCUAUCCCUCUUUACCCUCAUGUUAACAUCUUUAAGCUGUACCCUUGGUUAGAGCCGAUGCUGGCAUAAUGUAUGGUUUUUGAAUCGAUGGACGGCUCUGGGAUUUGGAGGAACAUUUGAAAUCUGUGUAGAUGUACAGCGGUGACUGGUGUAGUGUAGCCCAUAAAGUUCUUGUCUUUUCUUUACAGGGCAAUCUGUGGUUCCGCUGGUCCAAUUUUUGCUGUUGAUGAUUGUGCUUGAAACGGAUGAUAUAUACUUCGAAGACUCGUGC